GAAUUCGCUCUGCUGGAAUCUCCAGCCUGUCAACGGAAGAAGAAGCAACGAAAAGCGGUCAAAGCUGUCUCAAUCGAAAGCCAGCCAUUUCUGCAGCUUGUCGUCUGCCUGACUGAGCCGGUGUCGCAAGGAUAAAAGAUUCAUUCCACCAUGUUUGCCGGACUGCUGGAUGCCGCACGGAACUCGCCCUUCCGCACACCGUUCACACGCGUGCACUGUGACGACGGUACCGAGAAGGCAGUAGUGCCGGGCCGUUCCGUUCAGGCAGCCGCCAGCCGCGAGGUUGAGUUCGGCUCGAAUGAAUUCUUCGGCCUGUGUGCGGUCGGAGGUAUCCUGUCGUGCGGUAUCACCCACACCGCCGUCGUACCGCUCGAUCUGGUCAAGUGCCGGCUGCAGGUCAACCAGGCCAAGUACAAGAAUCUGUUCCACGGAUUCAAGGUCACCAUCGCGGAGGAGGGUGCGCGCGGUCUGGCCAAGGGAUGGGCACCGACCUUCUUCGGCUACUCGGCCCAGGGUGCCUUCAAGUUCGGUCUGUAUGAGGUGUUCAAAAUCAAGUACGCUGACAUGAUCGGCGAGGAGAAUGCCUACCUGUACCGUACCUGGGUGUAUCUGGGCGCUUCCGCCUCGGCCGAAUUCUUCGCCGACAUUGCGCUGGCCCCGCUGGAGGCGGCCAAGGUCAAGAUCCAGACCAUGCCCGGUUACGCCAACACGAUGCGACAGGCCAUGCCGAAGAUGAUGGGCGAGGAGGGCGUUAUGGCGUUCUACAAGGGUCUGGUUCCGCUGUGGUGCCGUCAGAUCCCGUACACCAUGAUGAAGUUCGCCUGCUUCGAGAAGACCGUCGAGCUGUUGUACAAGCAUGUCGUGCCGAAGCCACGCGACCAGUGCUCGAAGGGUGAGCAGCUGAUUGUGACGUUCGCUGCCGGCUACAUUGCCGGUGUGUUCUGUGCCGUGGUGUCCCAUCCGGCCGAUGUGGUGGUGUCCAAGCUGAACCAGGCCAAGGGAUCGUCCGCGAUCGAUGUGGCCAAGCAGCUCGGCUUCAUGGGCAUGUGGAACGGUCUGACGCCGCGUAUCAUCAUGAUCGGUACGCUGACCGCCCUGCAGUGGUUCAUCUACGACGGUGUGAAGGUUGCCCUCUCCAUCCCCCGCCCACCCCCGCCAGAGAUGCCGGAGUCGCUGAAGAAGAAGCUGAACGUAGAGUAAUUCUAGCGCCACGGGUGAAAGGAAGUCGAAGCAUUUGUUUGUGAUGAUGGUGUGCAGCACUGUUGUGGAAGUGGCUUCGUGCGCGCUGCUUAGCAGGAACGAAUUAGUAAUAUUUGUUGCAUUCCCCGGCCCGGCAAUUGGAGUGUUUUUGUGAAAAGGUGCACGCGCGAGAAUAAGAGCUAAAUAGGUAUUGAAUCGGAACGUUCCACCAACUGAAUGAUAUUUUGUGAAUACCCGAACGGAUCGAAGUAGUCCCAGCAGUGUGUUCCGGUGCUAAUGAUUAUGUUUUUUUGCAACAGCAAUGACGGCCACGAAAGAUGCAAUAUGCCCGGUUCAUGUGUGUGAUCGCGUGCUUAAACAACCCGAGCUAUGUGUGUGUGUGUACGUGUGUGUUUGUGUGUGGGCAGUUGCCGCCGCCGAGCUAGUUUAAGCAUUUGUGUGCUACCCUUUAAAGUGUCACAGCAUCAUCGUAAAUAAAGUCCUUGAAGCCGUCGUGUGAAUUACGCUACGAUUAGUAAACCCAUAA